AUGCUGGGCGUACCAGGAGAAACGGGUGGUGCCAGCCAGCAGCGCGUUCCCUUCAACGCACCCAGCGCGUUCAACGGCGCCGCCGUCGCCACCCCGGCGAAGUCGUCCUCGGCCAUGAAGAUGUCGUUCGAGUCGGAGAUCGGCGCGCAGCCCCCCCUCGGGUUCUGGGACCCGCUCGGCCUCCUCGAGGACGCGGACCAGGAGCGGUUCGAGCGCCUCCGGUACGUGGAGGUGAAGCACGGGCGCAUUGCUAUGCUCGCCAUCGCCGGUCACCUGACCCAGCAGAACACCCGGCUCCCCGGCAUGCUCUCGAACUCGGCGAACCUGUCGUUCGCGGACAUGCCGAACGGCGUGGCCGCUCUGUCUAAGAUCCCCCCGGCGGGCCUCGCCCAGAUCUUCGCGUUCAUCGGCUUCCUUGAGCUGGCUGUGAUGAAGAACGUGGAGGGCUCGUUCCCCGGAGACUUCACCCUGGGCGGCAACCCGUUCGGGUCCUCGUGGGACGCGAUGUCGGAGGAGACCCAGGCGUCGAAGCGCGCGAUCGAGCUGAACAACGGGCGCGCGGCACAGAUGGGCAUCCUGGCUCUGAUGGUGCACGAGGAGCUGAACAACAAGCCGUACGUGAUCAACGACCUCCUCGGCGCGGGAUACACCUUCAACUAAACCACCCACCCACCCACCCACUUUUGCGUUCCCGACGUAGCGAAGCGUGUCCCGUAGGUUUUGACUAGAAGGGCUGACCGGUUUGUGUUGGUGUCGCGGAUGUGUUGGGGGAGAGGGUAGCAGUCCUGUUUUUGAUUGCCGCACGUGCCUCCUUGCAUCUUAGCUCUCCAAUGCAAAGCGUUUUUUUUUCUAGCUUUUUCUCGGGGUUGUAGAAUAGACGAAAACACACGCGUACAGACGCAAAGAGGUCUUGAUUUUUGACGGGACAACGGGGAGCAUGUAUACGUUGAAGCGAAACCGUUCCUUGGGGUGUUGAAGACAGGGCCGUAGUCAAACGCAGUCCUUCGCUCCCUAUUUUUUCGUGGACGCAAGGGGCUCUUUUUUCUGUUUUUUCUUCUUCUCCCGUGUGGAGUGUUGUUCAGGCUUGCUUUCGAUGAUUUUGAGUGUCGUGGGAGUCUUUUGAGAGUGCUCUUCCCCUUUUGGGCGAUUUCACGCGUGAACAAGAAAUAAAUGAAAAAAGAAACUUAUGUUAUGUGCACGUCGUUCGUGCUGCUACGCGGGUAGUGUUGUGGCCCAUGCCCACAGACACACACGCCGCCUGACUGUUGACUGGCAAGAGUACCGAGGCCCUCAAGGUGUCGAUGAAUGCAUUUCAGGGAGUCAGCACGUGCGGGUGCGCCCUUUUUUUCGGCUUGGGCGCCGAAAGCAAAACAGAAACUG